GUGGGUUCCAGAAGCGCCGCGGCCUGGUUAGGGUGCUGGCAUGGCCGCGUGCUGGUGAACGCAGAGUGCGCGAGGGGCCAGCUGCCACCAUGCCCCGGGGCGUGGGCGCUGCCCAGCUCUGCCUGCUGGCGCUCGCCCUGCCGGGAUGGACCAGAACGCCCCCGCCGGCCCCCAGGCCGGGAGCCCCUGCUUUGUUCCCACGUUGUGCGCCUGGGGAGGUGGUGGAGAUGCGGGAGACUCGGAGCAGGCAGAAAACAGGUGCAGAGGUCUGGGAUUCCAAUGGUGUGCUUCCUGUGUUGGCAGGAGGAAGUGGGGAAGGCAGCCCCCAGCCACAGCAUGAACUAAUAAUACCUCAGUGGAAGACUGCAGAAAGCCCCUUGAGGGAAAAGCAUCCACUCAAAGCUGAGCUCAGGGUGAUGGCUGAGGGACGAGAACUGAUCCUGGACCUGGAGAAGAAUGAGCACCUUUUUGCUCCAGCCUACACAGAAACCCAUUAUACUCCAAGUGGCAACCCUCGAACCACCACCCUGAAAUCCAAGGAUCACUGCUUUUACCACGGGACAGUGAGGAAGGCAGAACAGUCCAGUGUCACGCUCAGCACCUGCCGGGGAAUGAGAGGACUGAUUAUGGUGAGCAGUAACCUCAGCUACAUCAUCGAGCCCCUCCCUGACAGCGAGGGCCACCACCUUAUUUACAGAUCCGAACAUCUCAAGCUUCCCCCCGGGAACUGUGGGUUCGAGCACUCCAAGCCCACCGCCAGGGACUGGGUCCUUCAGUUUACAAACCAGACCAAGAAGCGACCUCGCAGGAUGAAAAGGGAAGAUUUACACUCCAUGAAGUACGUGGAGCUUUACCUUGUGGCUGAUUAUGCUGAGUUUCAGAAGAAUCGACGAGACCAGGACGCCACCAAACACAAGCUCAUGGAGAUCGCCAAUUACGUUGAUAAGUUUUACCGAUCCUUGAAUAUCCGGAUUGCCCUCGUGGGCUUGGAAGUGUGGACUCAUGGGAAUAUGUGUGAAGUUUCGGAGAACCCGUACUCUACCCUCUGGUCAUUUCUUAGCUGGAGGCGCAAGCUGCUCGCCCGGAAGAGCCAUGACAAUGCACAGUUAAUCACGGGCAUGUCUUUCCAUGGCACCACCAUCGGCCUGGCCCCCCUCAUGGCCAUGUGCUCUGUGUACCAGUCUGGAGGGGUCAACAUGGACCACUCUGAGAAUGCCAUUGGCGUGGCUGCCACCAUGGCCCAUGAGAUGGGCCACAACUUCGGCAUGAGCCAUGAUUCUGCGGAUUGCUGCUCUGCCAGCGCGGCUGAUGGUGGGUGCAUCAUGGCAGCCGCCACCGGGCACCCCUUUCCCAGAGUGUUCAAUAGAUGCAACAGGAAGGAGCUGGACAGGUAUCUGCAGUCAGGAGGGGGGAUGUGUCUCUCCAACAUGCCGGACACCAGGACGCUGUAUGGAGGCCAGAGAUGUGGAAAUGGGUACCUGGAAGAUGGGGAAGAAUGUGACUGUGGGGAGGAGGAGGAAUGUGAUAACCCCUGCUGCAAUGCCUCUAAUUGCACCUUGAGAGAGGGGGCAGAGUGUGCCCACGGCUCCUGCUGUCACCGGUGUAAGCUGCUGGCCCCUGGCACACUGUGCCGUGAGCAGGCGCGGCAGUGUGACCUCCCGGAGUUCUGCACGGGCAAGUCCCCCCAUUGCCCCACCAACUUCUACCAGAUGGACGGCACCCCCUGCGAGGGUGGCCAGGCCUACUGCUACAACGGCAUGUGCCUCACCUACCAGGAGCAGUGCCAGCAGCUGUGGGGUCCUGGAGCCCGGCCUGCUCCUGAUCUCUGCUUCGAGAAGGUGAAUGUGGCAGGGGACACCUUUGGAAACUGUGGGAAGGACAUGAAUGGGAAACACAAGAAGUGCAACAUGAGAGAUGCCAAGUGCGGGAAGAUCCAGUGUCAGAGUUCUGAGGCCCGGCCCCUGGAGUCCAAUGCAGUGCCCAUCGACACCACCAUCAUCAUGAACGGGAGGCAGAUCCGAUGUCGGGGCACCCACGUCUACCGAGGUCCCGAGGAGGAGGGUGACAUGCUGGACCCAGGCCUGGUGAUGACCGGGACCAAAUGUGGCCAUAACCACAUUUGCUUCGAGGGGCAGUGCAGGAACACCUCGUUCUUCGAAACAGAAGGCUGUGGGAAGAAGUGCCAUGGCCACGGGGUUUGCAACAACAAUCAGAACUGCCAUUGCUUCCGGGGCUGGGCCCCGCCCUUCUGCAACACACCAGGCCAAGGGGGCAGCAUCGACAGCGGGCCCAUGCCCCCCGAGAGUGCUGGUCCUGUAGUAGCCGGAGUGUUUUCGGCCAUCUUUGCUCUGGCGGUCCUCAUGCUGAUGUACCGCUGCUGUAAACAGAACAACAAACUGGGCUACCUCAAGCCCCUAGCCCUCCCUUCCAAGUUGAGGCAACAGUUCAGUUGUCCCUUCAGGGUGUCUCAGAACAGUGGAACUGGCCACGCCAACCCAACGUUCAAGUUGCAGACACCCCAGGGCAAGCGAAAGGUGACCAACACCCCUGAAACCCUACGGAAGCCCUCCCAGCCUCCUCCCAGGCCCCCUGCAGACUAUCUGCAUGGUGGGUCCCCACCUGCGCCAUUGCCAGCGCACCUCAGCAGGACUGCUAGGAACUCCCCAGGGGCCGGACCCCCAGUAGAGAGGAAAGAAUCAUCCAGGAGGCCUCCCCCAAGCCGGCCAGUGCCCCCCGCACCAAAGUGCAUCCUCUCCCAGGAUUUCUCCAGGCCUCGGCCGCCCCAGAAGGCACUCCCGGCUAACCCGGUGCCAGGCCGCAAGAGUCUCCCCAGGCCAGGUGCCGUCUCCAUCCUGUGGCCCCCUGCCUCUAGACCUCAGCAGACCCGGCCCCUGGCAGCGCCUGCCCCAAAGUUUCCUGAAUACAGGUCACACAGGGCUGUGGGGAUGGCUAGCUCGAAAAUCUAG